AUGAAGAACUCAGUUAGAUAGAGUGAGAAUAGAAAGCUUUCACAAAAUAAAAAGAGUUAAAACUACAAUCUAUUCAAAAGAGCUUAAUCAUAAUUUAAGUAAUAAUUAAUUAAAUUUAGAGAAUCCAUCAUUUGCCAAGCAUCUCGAACUAUUCCACAUGUUGUAGUAAUUCAUGUACUACAAGUCAACCUUAGAGUUGUUCCAAAUUUGAAGAGGAAAAUAUAGAGAGUAUAAUAACUAAAAAAAAUUAGAUAUAUUGGUUUACAAAAAUACAUAAUAAGAUCCUUUAAGUUGUUUUAAUUAUGAUGAUUUCAAAGGAGUAUUACCUGUAACUAUUAAUGGUAUUAAAAUUCUGAAAAUUGAUUGGGGUUAUUUUAUAGCAUCUCCUAAUAUAUCAUCAUAAUGGAAGGCUCAUUGUUUUUGGACUGUUGGAUAUACAUUUGAUAUCAAUAUGAAGAAGAUGAAGAGAUCAUAGAAUAUUAAAUAUCGUCUUAUCAUUAAAAGUUGGUGUUGUUUGAGUAAUAAAUCUUGGGUAAAAAAUAAAUGGGGUAGAUUAUUAGAACAUGAAACUGGAAAUUAUCUAAUUAGAUGUUUAUGUGCUUUAGAUUUUAAAUAAAAGUAAAAAUAUAAAUAAAGAGUAAAAUAGAGCAGAUAAAUACAAAUAUACUAAGAAUUAUAGAAUGGAAUGCAUUAAAUUAUUUCAAGAUACAUUCUAGUAUUAUUUGUAAAUGGAGAAACAAUAUGA